UGGCGUGGAAACUUAGAAUAGUAUUAGUAUUUUAGCGUGUAAUUUUGGAAGCGGAAAUUUUAAACAGUUACUGGACAAAAAUAUUCUCACUAUGAUAUCUGUCAUUCCUUUGAUACUUGUAUACUUUGGCUGCUGUAGCAACGUUGUUUUUUUAGAACUUCUUACGAGUGAGGCACCUGGAAGUGGAAAUAUAAUUACAUUUGCACAGUUUUUGGUAAUAGCUGUGGAAGGAUUUAUUUUUUCCACCAAGUUUGGUAGAAAGAAAGCUGUCAUUCCUCUGAGCUACUAUGCAUCUCUUGUUGUCAUGUUUUUUCUCGUCAGUGUAGCAAAUAAUUAUGCACUGAACUUCAACAUCUCGAUGCCUCUACACAUGAUUUUCAGAUCGGGUUCAUUGAUUGCUAACAUGAUCUUGGGAAUGAUCAUCUUAAAGAGAAGCUAUAAACUAAAGAAGUUUAUUGCUGUGGGGAUGAUAACCAUUGGGAUAAGUAUCUGUACGGUGGCUUCAAGAAGAGAUGUGCAGUCCAGCCAAGUGAAUGUAAGUGAAGAAUCCACGUUUGAAGACUUACAGUUUUGGCUCAUUGGUUUGUUCUUACUGACAUUUGCACUGUUUGCGUCAGCAUACAUGGGAAUAUAUCAAGAGAUCUUGUACAAAAAAUUUGGCAAACAACCAAGAGAAGCUUUAUUUUAUUCGCAUGCUCUUCCCUUGCCUGGAUUUCUACUGUUAGCAAAGAAUAUAUAUACACACGCUGUGAUUUUCAGUAAUUCUGAACCUGUACAAGUUCCAAUUGCUGGAGGAAUUCCAAAGCUAUGGCUUUAUUUACUUGGAAAUGUUAUAACACAAUACGUAUGUAUUAGGUCCGUGUAUUGGAUGACAACCGAAUUAUCAUCUUUGUCUGUUACAUUAAUUGUUACACUCAGGAAGUUUUUGUCAUUGCUUCUGUCAAUAUUUUAUUUCCAAAAUCCAUUCACUUUUGUUCAUUGGACAGGAACCAUUCUUGUCUUUGGUGGGACACUUGUUUUUGUAGACCUUGCUGAUGUUUGGAAAGAGUACAAAAGUAAACAACAGAAAAGUGACUAAAAUAACAAUGAUGUGGAUUCUAAGAAGACUCGAGAAACAAAAAGUACAGUAUACAUUUCAAUCUCAAACAUUUAAAACUACAGCUUAACGUUGUGACUGUGCAAUAUAUUUCCAGUACUUUAGUGGUAAGAUAUUGAUGUAAGAAAAACAUUUAUGGAAUUCCCUUAAUAUCGGUUAAGGUUUAUCGAUUUUCUCCAUUAUCAUUUAUAGUAUUCGGCUUUUUCUAAACAAUAUAUCCUAGUGUAAUAGAAAAAUGAUGCAUGAAUAAUUUAUGUCAAAUUUACCUCAUUACUAAGAAGAUUCAGAAGAAAGGUAGCCCCAUCAUGUUUGUAGAUGUUGGAGAAAUUAUUAUAAUUUAAUGCAGCCCUCAUGAGAUAAACUUAAGAGGUCAAAAGUUGCAAGGUAUGUUAAAAGUAAAGGACAUUUAAGGCCCUAACUUUUAUGUAGACAAGAACUGUUUUCUAAAUGGGGUUAGGCAUAGUCACUUAGUUACCAGCUAUCAAGGUAGUCAGCACCCUGGUAAUGCAGGACAAACUCCAGCUAUAUACCAUAGUAUAUUUACCUAGUUACAAUCUUUAUCUUAAAUAUAGGCUUAUAUGGCUUCUUUAUCUCAUAAUGUUUGAUACUUUUCAUAAUUAGAGUUGUGGACAACAUGAGAGAAUAACUUGUAUCUUUCACAACUACUGUGGAUGAGAGUUGGGUCCAUUAUUACUCACUCCGCAGCUACUGACAGCAUAGAAAAUGAUGGUGUACGUUUUCAUAAGAAAUCAUAUAACUAUUAAAUAUUUAUAGAGAUAUCACUUCAGUACCUAAGUUCUUUGUCAAAAACGUAACCUAACUUGGCGAUAUAGAAGUUUGUUUUAUCAAGUUGUAGGUGUAUUUAACCUCGGUGCAUCAGGCCCUCCAAAGUAAUGCAAAAAAUCUUAUUAAUUUUUACACCUAUAGCCAGUCAGUACAGAUGGGCCCUGUAAGAAAAUUGCACCGAGUAGUUUGAAGUGUUAAAAACACAUCUGAGGUGUAGGCAUGGUAUUGUCAAACAGGAAGUUGAUGUUUUCUAGAUGUAUUUAAAUCACUGAAGGAAAAGUGACAUCUACACGUACAACACUGCUCUUUAGAAAUUCCGACUAUCUUGGAUGAAGAAAAAACAAGAUCUUUCACAUUUAUAAUAUUUAAUUACAAAAGUCCGAAAUAGUCCACAAUUUAUAUGUAUCAGAAUAAUUUUGGGUAAUCAUCAAGAAUUUACAAAACUGUUGAAAAUCAUGGACUAAAUUAAUAUUUAUGAAUUUUUACUUUUAAAAAAAUAGGACAAAAAUGACAAUAUUGUGUCUUAAAGAUUAAACUUGUAAGGAGGAUUUGUUAUAAGGCAAGAUUUGAAUCUUUGGCUUAAAGCAAAACUUGUUUUUAGUAGCCUUUUUUUUUUACACAAUAUUCUUGUUGCUAUGAAUUGUUUUGUUUUUACAUUCAGAAAUGCAACUUGCCUCUUUACAGAACAGUUAGCUAUUACCUUGAACAAUAUCACAGUAUUCUUGUUGCUAUGAAUUGUUUUGUUUUUACAUUCAGAAAUGCUACUCGCCUCUUUACAGAACAGUUAGCUAUUACCUUGAACAAUAUCACAAUAUUCUUGUUGCUAUGAAUUGUUUUGUUUUUACAUUCAGAAAUGUUACUCGCCUCUUUACAGAACAGUUAGCUAUUACCUUGUGCCAGUGAUGAAAAGAUGUUUGAGAACCAAGCCUUUAACAAGUUCCCAUAGUAACGUGUACUUUAACAGUAAUAAUAGAAAGAUGACACGUUCGUCAUACCUAGUAAUCCACAUGAACACUAGCAUUUCCACAAAGGCUCAUUCUUUCUUUGGCACUGCUUGGCUUCAGACGUGUUUAUUUUCAUUAAGAAUUACUGAAUUUUUGCACUUAUUCUUUCAAACUUUUUGUUAACAUUCAUAGUGUAGUCUUUUUUACCUUAAUUUUCUUGAUUUUGAGAAAGAAAGAUACAAAAUUUUAAACAUUUCAAUUAUAAAUUCCGAUUCAACUUGUGUUAAUUUGGUUUCUUCUCUUCAUCAAAUUUGGAAACGUGUUCCCAGGUUUUGAUAAUUACUCUCCAAGUUCGUUGUUAUGAAAGCCUGUGUAUCACGAACAUACCAGGUCAACUUAAAACAAAAAAAUGAAUUGACUUGACUAUAAAAUUGUGUAUCCACAUUUCUGAGACCCUGAAACUGUUACUUUUUUAAUAGCAACUGGAGACAGUCUGAUGGUCAGUAAUAUUACUGUCAUUGUGUACCAUUUAAUCUAAAGAUCCGGGAUUCCCAGCCUCUUACUUCUGUUGCUUCAGCUUAGCCUGACCCAUCUUUUGAUAAUUUUAACUUGCUUUUCCCAUGACCAGUUUUUGUUCUGGUCCUUCCCUUCCCAACAAGGAAUAGGUAACCACAUUUUCAUACUUUGCCGAGAUAUUUCCAUUGGUAUGUAACUUUUUUUCUCUCUCUCCUGUUGUUUUUUGCUAAAUCUUUGGCUACCCUGCUGCAUGAACCUCUUCCCUUCCCCUAAUAUUCAAGUUCAUGAUACUAACUUUUGUCAUGUGACCAGUAUGAGAGAUGGGGAUAAGGCUAGUUUGUUUUACCACAUUGUGUAUUCGUUGGCAUAGUCAACUGGUUAAAUUUCACUUAAUGUAGUUUAAAUAGCACUCAUUCACUUGCUCAUUGUUAUGGAAAAAGUUAAAUUUUAUAAACUUUUCUUAUUUUACUGUUUAAUUACGUUAUAAAUUUUAUACUUAAAUGCUAAAUUAUUAGUUUUACAUUUUCUGUUAACUUAUUUUUUUGUCAUGAUUUCAUACAGAUCCUAGCUAUCUUUUCCUCUGAAACCUUAAGAUCUAGUUCUAGGGUAUUUCAUCAUGAUUUUUCUUCCUUCUUUGAGGUUUAGUCCCUUGAAUCUCUUCUCCCAGCUUGGGGUUUCCUUCUUUGUCUUUAUCUUGCCUCUGCCCCCCCCCCCCUCCUUCUUGAUGAGGUUCUUUAUCCACUGGAAACAAUCUAAUGCAACUCAUCAGCAGUAUCCUUUUCUCAGUCCAGAGUGUCCCUUAUCCUCUGGAGCCAAAUAGAGUAACCCAUUCUCAUCCUCUCAAUACUUUCUAACAUUCCCCUCAAAAGGCUGGAUGCUACCCCUUAGUUUUAGUAACCCAUUCUCAUCCUCUCAAUACUUUCUAACAUUCCCCUUCCUCCCUCAAAAGGCUGGAUGCUACCCCUUAGUUUUAGUAACCCAUUCUCACCCUCUCAAUACUUUCUAACAUUCCCCUUCCUCACUUAAAAGGCUGGAUGCUACCCCUUAGUUUUAGUAACCCAUUCUCAUCCUCUCAAUACUUUCUAACAUUCCCCUUCCUCCCUCAAAAGGCUGGAUGCUACUCCUUAGUUUUAGUAACCCAUUCUCAUCCUCUCAAUACUUUCUAACAUUCCCUUCAAGAGGCUGGAUGCUACUCCUUAGUUUUAGUCUGGUGGAAGCUCCACUCUCCCACUUUGUAUACUGACUCAGAAGACCUUUGAAUCACAUGUGCUGUCCCUGUCUUUUUACUAUCCACCUCCUUUUCCUGUCAUCUACAGUUCCUGUUCAUCCUUAGCACCUGGAGGAGAUUGUGCACUCUCUCUAGGAUAUUAAGGCCAUGGACCAGGUCCUCAACCCUAACUUUGAGUGUUAUUCCUCCAGUCCUUGUUCCCACGAUGAUGGGCUAAUGGUGACCUAUCCAUUGUUCUAGAAUUUUUCCUUUUAGGUUGGCUAUUGCCUGGUCUGUUUCCAAUCAAGUCCUCAGGGUAUUCAAAUGGAGGAUACCUUCAUUGGGCUUACACUUCUCUACUAUAUGGAUGUCUGGCUCCUUCUUGCCCUGUCCACAUCCUUGGCUGCAACCUCCAUUCUCCUUUGGAAUGCAUCUCGUUUGGGUUGACUGGUCAAGCUCUUCAAGUCUGUCUUACACCUACCUAGUAUUUGAUUCACUGAAUAAAGUUCCAAGAUGAUGCAAUUAAUAUUUUUGUCAUCUCUCAUCCAAUUUGUCAUCUCAUGACUGCUCUUAGCUCUAGCCGUUGAUGGCUCCUGGAUGAAAUCAUACAGGCGAGAAUGUGGAAUACUCUUACAUAAUUGUGUUAGGCCCAGCAUGGCCAGGUGGUUAGGAAGCUCGACUCGCAAUCUGUGGGUCGCGGGUUCGAAUCUCCAU